GGGUCAGGCUGGGGAGUAAGAAGCCAGGCAGCCCGAGUCUUUAGGCUGAGGCGUCAGAGGUCGCCGGAAGUGCAGGGCCGCUGCCGCCAGGGCUAGAGGCGGGAGAAGGCGAGGAUUCCCGAGCAACAUAGAUUUCCCCACCCCCGCCCCGUACAUUUUUCCAGGAUGCAAGCCCGAAGUUUGAGAAACUUGUGAGGAAAUAAAGGAAGUUAGGCUGAGGGGCAGAGAGCGAGACUUUUCUAUUUUCCAAAAGCUCGGUCUGAGGCCCCUCAGUCUUGCUUCCUACCCCGCGCUUGAGUUUCUCCCGGUUGGAUGCGCUCAGGGGCACUGAGAAGAGAAAUUCUGGGUUCCUUAGAGGGCCUUGAUCUCCUUGGCAGGCGCUCAGGGCCUGCUUCCCGCCCUCCCUUCUGGUGUUAGGAGUGUGGUGCUGAGAAGCCACAGAAAAGGGUAUGGGCUUAUUUUGCCAAAGAAAACACAGCCGUUGCAUCGAGUUUUGCCAAAACCGUCAGUAUUUGGAAAUGAUUCUGAUGAUGAUGAUGAUGAGACCUCCGUGAGUGAGAGCCUUCAGAGGGAAGCCGCUAAGAAGCAGGCCAUGAAACAGACAAAACUGGAAAUUCAGAAAGCUCUUGCAGAAGAUUCUACAGUGUAUGAAUAUGACAGCAUUUAUGAUGAAAUGCAGAAAAAAAAGGAAGAAAGUAAUCCUAAACUGCUUCUGGGGAAAGACCGAAAGCCCAAAUAUAUCCACAAUUUACUAAAAGCAGUGGAGAUCAGAAAAAAGGAACAGGAAAAAAGAAUGGAAAAGAAAAUACAAAGAGAACGAGAGAUGGAAAAGGGAGAAUUUGAUGACAAAGAGGCAUUUGUGACAUCUGCUUAUAAAAAAAAACUUGAAGAAAGAGCUGAAGAGGAGGAAAGGGAAAAGAGGGCGGCUGCCCUGGAAGCACAAUUGGAUGUGACCAAGCAGAAAGAUCUUAGUGGAUUUUAUAGGCACCUGUUAAAUCAAGCAGUUGGUGAAGAGGCAGUUCCUAAGUCCAGCUUCCGUGAAGCCAGGACUAGAAUAAAGGAAGAGCAGCCCAGGGGUUACUCUGAUGAGGCAAAUUCAGAGGACAGACGGCAACAGAAGGGCCUUCUCCAACCUGGUGAAGAGGAGGGAAACCCAGAUGCUGACAGCGAUUUUGACACUAAGAGUAGUGACGAUGAUGAAAGGGGAGAAAAUGAAGUAAACCACAGAAGGGAAGAAGACGCGGAAGCCUCCAAGAAGUACCCCAAGCAUCACAAGAAUCAGACCCGCUCGCGGUCGUCUAGUGAAGAGAGAGGACAUGGUGCCAAGCACCAUUCCAGGAGUCCCAAGUCAAGAGGACAUGAGCAGAAGGGAGGUCAACACCAGGACAGGCAGGCCAGAGACCAGGAGAGCUGUCACACGGACCACGGCCACCGGAAAGAAAAGAGUUCUCCCAGGCACAGAGAAACCGAUCAUAAAGAUCACUACCGGAAGAGGCAUGAGCAAGAAGAUAACCUGAGGGUACGAGGACAGAGAGAAAGACAGGACAGAGACUGGAGGAGGGACAAAUACUCCUCUAGAGAACAAGAGAAAAACAGACAGCACAAUGACCACGACCGACACAGUGAGAAAGCAAAGCAAAGCAAAGAAAAAGAGGAGCAUGUGAAAGGAAGAAAGGAAAGGCAUGAAAGUAACGGUAAAUACAGAGAGAAGGAAAAACAAGAAAGAAAUCGAGACAGGAGGGAAAGCAGCCCAAGAUCUAGACCAAAGGAUGAGUUUCUUGACCAGGAAAGAUCCAACAAAAUAAGAAGCAUGGAAAAGGACCGUGGGGACCAAGAGAAGCCCUCUCAUUCUGAAACAUCACUAGCAACAAAACACAGACUGACAGAGGAAAGGCAGGAGACGGGCGGUGAGCAAGCGAGGCCCCCUGAGGCUUUGAGCAAGUUUGCAAAGCGGAGCAAUGAAGAAACUGUGAUGUCAGCUAGAGACAGGUACUUGGCCAGGCAGAUGGCACGGAUUAAUGCAAAGACUUACAUUGAGAAAGAGGAGGACUAAUGAUUGCCGGGAUCUGGAAUUCCAUGGAAGCAGAGAGCAUUCUGUUCCCUGGAACUUGCUUUAAGAAAGCAAAAUGGGUGUUUUAAGUGUAUCUUCAAAAUUUGUGAGGUCUAAAGCUACUUCUUUCAGCUUUGGUGCUUGGUGGGACUUGUGAGAUAGUUCCUAAUCUGUAGCACUUUGUUGGUUGUACUCAAGAAUCAUACAGUGUUAAAUCUUCCUGUAGAUUCUUUGUGAAGAAAAUUGGCUUCAUUAUAACCAUUAAAAAUAACUCUGCUGAUGUUGCUUUUGAGAUUUUUUUCUUGCUUUUGUGUUAACUAUUUAUUUUAUCCAAAUGGGUGUCUUUCCUACAUGUGAGUCAGUGCACCAAGUGGGUGCCUGGUACCCACAGAGACAGCCAUAAGGAAGCGUGGGACCCCUGGAACUGAGUUACAGAUGGGUUCCGCCACCAUGUGAGUUCUGGGCAUCGAACUUGGGUCUGAAAACUGAGCCAUCUCCAUCUCUCCAGCCCAGAGGUUUUUGAUUUUAUUAUGUUCUGCUUUUGUUUGAGGGGUUGAAUUUUGGGUUGGGGGAAGGGUUAUUGUUUUUGUUGAGACAAGGUCCCACUCUUGUUGCCCAGGCUGCUUUGGAACUCCUGUGAUUCUCCUGUCUCAGCCUCCCGCGUGUUAGAACCAGAGGCACACAGCUGACCCCAUGUCCAGUUUGUUGUGUUGCUCUUGUUGCAGAAACUAUUUUGUAAAUGCUGCCUUUUAAGUUAAAAUACAUGAAUUUUGGAAGUAGAAAAAAAAUGAUAUAUGUUCUGAAAUUUGCGUUAAAAUACAACAUACAGAUAAUGCAUGUUGUCUAAAUAACUUUUUGAUCCACACCAUACUUGGCUUAAAUAAAAAUAAAGAUAGUGAUGUAUUCCUGCAUUUAAUUCACCUUUCAGUUUAUUGUAAAAGUGAUUUCCAGGUUAGAGAUAAGGCUCAAUAAUAUAGUUCUUGCCUAACAUGCACAAGGCCCCGGAAUUGAUGCCCUGGAUUUUUAAAAAGGCAGUAAUUUCACUCAUGUUUAAUUCUUUGUUGUUUAGAAGAUGUCACUUUAUUUUGUAAGUUUGUAUUUUGCAAGUUACUAUGUAUAAAUAAAUCUGUCAACUGAGAAUGGAAAGAUGUUUUAUAUACUCCAACAAGGAGACUGACACCUGUUAAAACUCCAUUUCUCUGUUCAAAUAAAACUACAAUUUUUGAGCUAA